AUGAAUCCCGAAGGAAGUGCCCCCAUCGCACCGAAGACGACUCCCCACGCGCCACCGGCUAACAUCAAAGCGGAGCACGAGGAAAGGCAUGCGGUUUCAAAAAUCAGUUUUCCAGAUUUCGAUGUGGAUGAUGUGGACACCUGGUUCCUUUGCCUGGAAGCGGCUUUCAACGUCAACGACGUAAAAUCGGACAAGCAGAAAUUCAAUACGGUCAUCGUGUCGCUCGGCAACCGAGCCAAAUACGUUUACACUGCCAUUGCAAAGUGUAACAAAAGUGAGAAGAACGAUCGUUACAUCACGAUGAAAAACGCCGUACUGGAGUAUUUUCAACCCUCGGAAAACCAGCGGCUAACCAACCUCCUUUCCGGUGUUUCGUUGGGCGACCACAAGCCCAGCAUGCUGCUCUCCGAGAUGCGAAGACUGGGCAGAGAAGGAUGCUCCGACAGCGUCCUUCUUAACAUCUGGCUUCGUGCACUACCCAACACAGUGCGGUCCAUCGUUUCCGACUUGCCCACCGCUACACUCGACGAGCAGGCGAUCGUGGCUGACAAAAUCAUGGAGGCGCCACGCACGGAGAUUGCACCUGUACGAAGAGAGACCUCCCACACGCAUCACAUACCGAGAACAUCAUCGGAUAUCGCAGCACUAGAAGAACGGAUCGAACAACUCUCCCGGAGACUGGACGAAGUUCUCUCGGUUGAUCGACGCGCAGCUCAUCACACACCCAGCCAACAAUUUCCGAAGGCGCCCCGUGGAAAAAAUUUUACUUUAAGCUUUCCUUAA